GCUUCGAACUUCUCUGGGUUUCUUCGGAUCGCAUCGCCAAUCGCAAUCGCAAUCGCAAUCGCAUCGCAUCUCUGAACUGCCAUAUGAUAUCCGACGAGGUAUUUCUUCUUCUUCUUCUUCCAUUCAAAUUGCAUACCCAGAGACGGACGGCUGCGCCUGUAUAUAUUUAAAGCAUACAAAGCUGAUUCAUUUAUUGGGUUUCAUGGCCACUCAUUGCUCUAUUUUUACUUCUUCCUUCAUCUCUUCUCAACGUUUUCACUACCCCCAUCGUCUCCGACCACCGCCCAGACCCUCUAUUCACUUUUGCAGAUCAAUUAAUUGUACUUUAGAUACCUCUGAAGCCGAUGAAGAAUCGAAUUUGAAGAGAAAUCGAUUGGAUUUUAUUAAACUUUCUGUAACAUUAACUGUUUUAUCAGCUUCACUACCUAAGCCCUCAUUAGCAGCUAAAGUAUCUCAGAAAAAGAGGUCGGCAAAAAAGGUUGAAGCUUUAUCUCCCCAAGAAUUUGAAGCAUGGACGAAAGGGCUUCCAACUGUGGCAAAUCGAUUGGCUUAUACGGAUUUAUUGAAUUUGAAGAGAGAUGGAAAGCUUAAACACAUAAUUAAGCCACCUGGUGUUGGUUUAAAGCAGCGUCCUGAGGUUGUUCUUGCUGUGUUGGAAGAUUCUAGUGUGUUAAGAGUAGUGCUGCCUUCUGCAGAGACUGAUAGGAAGUUUUGGGAAUCAUGGGUUGAUUUGGGGAUUGAUUCUCUUUGUGUGAAUGCAUAUAGUCCUCCAGUUAAGAGUCCAGAGAUUCCAUCUCCAUAUUUGGGUGUUUUGGGUAAGAUUCCUUUAUGGAUGCUUUCAUUUUUAAAGCCAAAGCAGCAGUCAAAGAUGGGUUUGGAGAUGAAGAAGAUGAGGGAGGAGUUGAAGAGGACGAACAGAGAAGAAUUAGAUGCAAUGAGACGCGAGAGGGAUAUGAUCGAAAAGACAAUAAGAAAUCAGAGGAAAAUGGAUGAGAGAAAGAGGAGAAGAGAGGAAAGGAAGACGAAACAUGAACAGGCUUUGCGAAGAGCACGGAUUGUUUCUAUGAACAUGUCAAAUGUCUGGUCAAACUUAGCUAGCGAUCCCAAUGUGACAACCGUGGUUGGAUUACUGAUUUUCUUUUUCUUCUAUAGGACAGUUGUUUUCAGUUAUAAGAAACAAAAGAAAGAUUAUGAGGACAGGUUAAAGAUUGAGCAAGCAGAUGCUGAUGAGAGGAAGAAGAUGAAGGACUUAGAAAGAGAAAUGAUUGGUAUGGAAGAUGAUGAAGAUGAACAAGAAGGGGAAGGGGGUGAAGGCGAGCAAAAUCCUUACAUGAAAACGGCUAUGCAGUUCAUGAAAUCUGGCGCUCGUGUUCGAAGGGCACGUAAUAGGAGGCCCCCUCAGUAUUUGGAGACAGGUGUAGAUGUUAAGUUUUCAGAUGUAGCUGGACUUGGAAAAAUAAGGCUUGAGCUUGAGGAGAUUGUCAAGUUUUUCACCCAUGGUGAGAUGUAUCGUAGAAGAGGAGUCAAGAUCCCUGGUGGAAUACUUUUAUGUGGCCCUCCAGGGGUGGGGAAGACAUUGUUAGCAAAGGCUGUGGCAGGUGAGGCAGGAGUGAAUUUCUUUUCUAUUUCCGCUUCACAAUUUGUAGAAAUAUAUGUUGGUGUGGGUGCUUCCCGUGUUCGAGCACUCUACCAAGAGGCAAAAGAAAAUGCUCCAUCUGUCGUAUUCAUUGACGAGUUGGAUGCUGUUGGAAGAGAACGUGGUUUAAUCAAGGGUUCUGGAGGGCAAGAACGUGAUGCGACUCUCAAUCAGCUUCUUGUGAGCUUGGAUGGGUUUGAAGGAAGAGGGGAAGUUAUUACCAUUGCUUCAACCAACAGACCAGACAUACUUGACCCAGCACUUGUGAGACCAGGACGAUUCGACAGAAAAAUAUACAUUCCUAAACCUGGACUAAUUGGUCGGAUAGAAAUUUUGAAGGUCCAUGCUCGAAAGAAACCAAUGGCUGAGGAUGUGGACUAUAUGGCGGUUGCUAGCAUGACAGAUGGCAUGGUGGGUGCUGAGCUGGCUAACAUACUCGAAGUAGCUGCUAUUAAUAUGCUUCGCGAUAGUAGAACUGAGCUUACAACUGAUGAUUUGUUGCAAGCUGCCCAAGUCGAAGAAAGAGGUAUGCUCGAUAGAAAGGAGAGGAGCGUUGAAAUGUGGAGGCAAGUUGCUCUCAAUGAAGCAGCUAUGGCAGUAGCAGCCAUGAAUUUUCCAGACCUGAGGAACAUUGAGUUUCUUAAUAUUUCCCCUAGAGCUGGCAGGGAACUGGGUUACGUCCGCGUGAAAAUGAAUCAUAUGAAAUUCAAUGAAGGAUUGCUCAGUCGUCAAUCUGUAUUGGAUCAUAUUACUGUUUUACUGGCACCUCGUGCAGCUGAUGAACUAUGGUUUGGUGAAGGUCAGUUGAGCACAAUAUGGGCAGAAACAGCUGAUAAUGCGAGGUCAACUGCCCGAACUCUUGUACUUGCUGGUCUUUCUGACAAGCAUUAUGGCUUAAACAACUUCUGGGUUGCUGAUCGGAAUAGUGACAUUGAUGUGGAAGCCAUGCGGAUAGUAAACAUGUGCCACGAACGGGUUAAAAAGAUCUUGGAGGGUAAUCGGAAGCUUGUGGAUAAGGUGGUAGACGAGUUAGUUGAGAAGAAGAGCUUGACCAAACAAGAAUUCUUUCACUUGGUCGAGUUACAUGGAUGCUUAGAACCGUUGCCACCUAGCAUCGUGGAUAUCAGAGCUCAGAAACGAGAAGAGUUUCAAAAAAUGAUGAUGAACCUCAAAGAGACAACUAUUGUUGGAGGAAAUGCAUGAGAAAUGCAUGAGAAGAAUGCUUAACCGCGAUCCCAUCAAUCUUAGCCGGCUUUUGAUAUUAUUUUUUCUUUAGCUUUCAUUUUGUGGAGUUUGUCGAGUUAGGUUCUCUAAAUUUAAUUUGUAUGUUACUAUGUUUAUUGUAUGGAUUAGAAUUCAUAUUAGAUUGGUAUCCUCUUUGAGAGAUAAUUAUGUGAAUUUAGACUAGAAACAAUAGUUUUUUUUUUUGGGAUUAUCCACAUAAUUCAAAUUUCAUGAUACAUUACAAUGAAAUAAUAAUA